CGCGGCCGCGGGUGGGAGGAGCUGGCCGGGAUGAGCUGCGGAGGGACGGAGACCCCCAUGGUUUGUGAGGCCACCCAGGGCGGCGGCGGUGGCGGUGGCAAGAAGAAGGACUCGCUGGGGACCGCGGGCUCGCCAGCCCACCUCAUUAUCAAGGAUCUUGGAGAAAUUCAUUCAAGGCUGUUAGAUCACAGACCAGUUAUCCAAGGUGAAGCCUGUUAUUUUGUGAAAGAAUUUGAAGAAAAACGUGGUCUUCGAGAAAUGCGAGUUCUUGAAAAUUUGAAGAACAUGAUCCAUGAAACAAAUGAACAUACUCUUCCCACGUGUAGGGAAACAAUGCAAGACAACUUAAACCAAGUUCUCCAGAGAUUUCAAACAGCUACUGACUCGGUCUGUAGACUCCAACAGAGGGAACAGGAACGAAAAAAGAUGCAUAAUGACCAUUUAAUAGCUAGUGAGAAACAGCAUAUAAUGCAGCGGGAGGAUUUCAUGAAAGAACAACACAGCAAACAGACUGAAGUGGACGAAGAGCACAGGAAAGCCAUGGAGAGGCUUAAGGAACAAUACGCCGAGAUGGAGAAGGGCCUGGCAAAAUUUCCAGCCUUUGGAGAACUUGAACCAUAACAGUGACAAACUGAUGGGAAAACAUUGCCUUCCCCUCAGAAACCGCUCCCACCAAACCGCUUAGCCUCUGCCUCAAGUUUAGCAAUGUAUUCAAUGUCACUCUUCUGCAGGAAAAAGAAGCUGCUACCGGAGUCUUAGCUGUUUCCGAGAAGAAGAAUGCCACAUCUUCCCAGUUUUAAGUUCCUGUAUCUGCCUAUAUCUCUAAAUGGGGAGAAAUAGGAGGAAAAUGGUAUAAACAUGCUCUUUGUUAAUGAGGAUUGGUCUUAGUUUCCAUUGAUUAUCUCCGAGAACUGUAAAUACAGACUUCUUAGAAAAGUAAUUUAAUUCAUUCUUAUGCAGGGUUAAUGUUACUUUAUUAUUGUGGCUCAGAAGGCCGAUAUGGUGGCUGCCUUUCAGAGCCUCCCUGGCUCUUGGAGGAGUGUGUAUGGUGUUAUUCCAAGAGUAAUGUACUGAGAAACAACUGUCCUGGGAGCAGAGACCACAUUGAAGAGAGUCAAAACUUUGUCUCUGCUCUUCAAAGAGAGCCACGUUGGUCUCUGAAUUGGCCUGUUGGGAGAAGUUGCAGAUUUUGCGUGGCAGCGUAAUGCUCUGUUUCACUGGAUGACAAGACAUGCUUGUUAAGUUUGUGGCCUUCCACAACUUCAUAUUUUCAGCUUUUAAAAUGUGCUCACAAGAAAAUCUUACCAAAAAUAGAGUUGACUUUUAACCUUUCCAAGAACCAUAAUCUUGCCCAUAGAUUUACCUCAUUUUUACAUAUGUUUUGCUGUGGGUAAGCUUUGUGAGAUAAAUAAUG